AGCGUCUCUCGCCGUUUGCGUCACCUCGGACAAGCACGUCUAAAGAGUCCAACUUGUCGGCGUUGCUGGGACCCUCUGGCGUCUACAUGGUGGUGAGGCUGUCGCGUCCGCGUCCACUAAGAUGGCUGAAGUUGAGGAAACUUUGCAGAGAAUCGAAGCCCAUGGUAGUGUAGCAGGAACUAUAGUUGUCAAUGCAGACGGUAUUCCUAUCCGAUCGACGUUCGACAGCUCCAAGGCUGGCAAGUACGCGGAUGCUCUUCGACACCUCACCGCCAUGGCCAGGAGCACGGUGAGGGAUGUGGACCCUCAAGAUGAGCUCAUCGUGCUGCGCAUUAGCACUAAGAAUCAAGAAAUUAUGGUUGCACCAGAGAAUUCCUAUCUUCUUAUACUGGUCCAGCGAUUUGAGCGGUAUGCACGUGCAUGAGAGGCAGACCGACUGAUCACAUAUUGGUGGAUUAUACAGUAUUCAUCUGCAGUAUGAAUGAGUGGAGGAGAAAGUCAUCUCGUGUAGCUGAAGAUUUUUGUGUCCAUGUGAUCCACUGCACCAGCUAUUCCCUACCAGUGUGCUAUGGGAAAUUAUCCAAAUGUACUUAAUUGGUAUUAAAAUUAUUGUGAAUUAUGAA